CGUUCGCCAAUUCUGCAUGGGCGAGAAAAACGUCAAUAGUUGUUAUCGCACAGUUCGAAUGGUUCAACAUCACGUAACACGCCUUACCACGAAAUGCUUCGUGCACUCGCAUACGAUCGAAUAGGUGCGUUUGGUUUCGCUUCGCUAUCAGGAGGAUCAAGCUUUUGUCCAACGAUCGCUGGCGGGCCAAAUCGUGCACUGGCAUGUAAAGAUCGAGAAAACGUUCAGCACCCUGUUCGUCAACCACGAACGCUUGGCAGCCGUUGUCGAUUGCGUGGAGCAUACUGGUGUUGAAUUGAUCGUAUAGCGACAGCACAAUCCUGCUCAAUGGUACAUCUUGAAGAAAAUCAUUUCCAACCGUGCAGAAGCUGUAGUAUUGCGAGUAAUACUUAAGGAUCAGAAAACGCAUCAACACACUCAUCGUCGGAAUUGCACCACCGUUUAGCCCUAGCUGAGCCACUGUCGCUUCCAUGCUGGGCUGGGAAUCUACACUGAACCAGUCGGUCGAGCAAACUGGAGGAGUUUAUCGAAGCAUCACACAGGAACAGUUGGAGAAAACAGCCCGGACCUUCCGACAGGUUUGCCAGCCGAAGCAUAAAAUAUCGGACGAAGUAGCAGAUGCAGUUAAUCGUGGUGUGUUUGCUGAUACGAAAGAUUUUAAAUGCUAUGUGAGUUGUCUGCUGGACAUUAUGCAGGUGGCGCGGAAGGGAAAGGUGAACUACGAAAAAUCGCUCAAACAAAUUGACACGAUGCUUCCGGAGCACAUGAAGCCGGCGUUUCGGGCAGGAUUAGAAGCUUGCAAAUCGGCCGCCCAAGGAGUUAAGGACCACUGCGAGGCGGCCGCAAUACUGUUGCAGUGCUUUUACAAAAACAAUCCAAAAUUUGUUUUUCCAUAGCGGUUAAUGGACAGGGAAAUAUAUUGUAUAUUUUACAAUUAUA